AUGUUCAAUAGAUUUCUUGGUGGUGGAUCCUCCAAUCAUCACCAAUUGCCACCAAACAACAAUAACACAAAUAAUAAUAACAUGUUGGCACCACCUCGUAAGAGAUCUUCAUCCUCCAGUUCUGAUCAAACAACAACUCUAACCACUAUUAUUCCGAAGAAUAUCAAACCUUUACCUCCAAUGACUACCUCUCCUACUCUGAUUGAUACUACCAACAACAUCAGUAAUUCCUCCUAUACAGCAUUCAAUUCAUCCUCCUCACAACAACAAUCCAGUGAUUUUAAUAAUACAACAAGAAUUUAUUUAUCUUCAUCAUCAGGGAAUAGAUUAAUAUUAAUUAAAAAUUUAAAUCAAAUUCCAUUGAAUGGAAGGUUUGUUUUUAAUGAUGAGGAGAGUAGGAGAUUGAUAGCUAUAUUCAGGACAAAAAAGAAUAAGAUUUAUGCUAUUGAUGAAUAUUGUUAUCAUAUGGGAGGUCCUUUGGAGAAGGGUGAUAUUGAAGAUUUGAUGGUGAAUUAUAAAGAUAGCAAAACGAGGAAACAUUCAUGUGUAGUGUGUCCUUGGCAUCAUUAUUAUAUUAGUUUGAAAACUGGUGAAUCAUUCUAUUUGGAUAUUGAUCAUACUUAUAAAUCAAAGGGACAAAGACAACGUACCUAUCCUCUGUAUUAUAAUAGUGAAACGAUGGAUUUGUAUUUGGAAUUGGAUUCGAGAUUGGAAUUGAGUUAUUCACCAACAGUUAAUUGUACUGGUUGCGAGAGUGAUAAAAAUCCUAUUAAACCUUUGGAUUCGGAUCACUAUGUAAAAAUUCAUCAACAAAAGUAUUCUAAUAUUGAGAGUAGUAAUACUAAACCUCAUAGUGUUGUAAAUUUGAAAGAGUUGAAAGAAAAACGAGAAUUGAAAAAGAUUAAUCCAGAUAUUGAUUUUCAAAUCAAAAAGGAAUAA